AUGCCAUCUGAUACUGAUGAAACAACAAUUCUCGUCGAACGAAGUUCAACACCAGCUUAUGUAGUAUAUCCACGUCGAUUUUAUGUUCUCUUUGUUUUUUCUUUUCUUACUUUUAAUCAAUGUACUAUAUGGUUAACAUUUUCUCCUAUUGCAAGAAAAACAGAAAUUUUUUACAAUGUAACGGAAUCAACUGUUGAUCUUCUUCUCAAUUGGGGAAAUAUGGUAUUCAUUCCAUGUUUACCAUUAACUUCUAUUUUAUUGGAUAGACCUAAUGGAUUACGAUAUUGUGUUAUUAUAUUAGCAAUUACUGGUUUUUUAGCAACACUUUCUCGUAUUCUUCCAUCACUUAUUGUAUCAUCGUCCAAUUUAAAUUUUACUUCUAUUUCAUUACCAUUUAUACAUGCUGGUCAAAUAUUGAAUGCUGCUUGUGGUCCUUUAGUUAUGGCACCUGUUUCACAACUUUCAUCUAUUUGGUUUGCUCCACAUGAAAGAACACGUGCAACAACAAUUGCUGUAUUUGCUAAUUAUCUUGGUGCAGCAGGUGGUUUUAUUAUUAAUCCGUUGGUUGUUGCUGUACCUGAACAUGUUCCUCAUCUACUUUAUAUUCAUUUUGGUUUAGCAUUUGUAGCCUGUGUUCUUACUCUUCUAUAUUUUCCUGCUCAUCCACCAACACCACCUUCAGCUGCUGCUGAAUUAUUUAUGACAAUUCCAGCUGAUAACGAAAAUAGUUCUAAUUCACGAACAUUUUUCAAAGAUAUUUGGAAAUGUUUAACAACACCUGCAUUUUUACUUCUUUCAACAGCUGGUGGUCUUCUCUAUGGAGCAUUUGGUGCAUGGACAAGUCUUUACGAUGUUCUUCUGGAACCGGAAAAUUAUACAGAACAACAAGCAGGUUGGUUUGGUUUCGCCUCUUUAAUGGCGGCAAUCGCUGGUGGUCUGUUUUUAGGUUAUCUUGCUGAUAUGCGUCGCUUUCAGCAUUCAUUAAAAAUUCUUACACUUAUUUCAAUUGUUGGUUGUUUAUUGGCUAUUAUUUGGUUUGAACUUUGUGUUCGUAGUUUAUUUUAUGAUAGACAUAUACUUUCAUCAACACCUUUUACUAUUGGAUUAUCUACUGCAUUAGCUGGACUAUUUUCAGGUGCUGCAUCACCAUUAAUCUAUGAAGCUCUUGCUGAAAUCAUGUAUCCUCUUCCAGAAUCAAUAUCAGCAUCAAUUCUUGUAGAAUGGAUAAAUACUAUUGGACUUAUUUUUCUAUUCGUUGCACCAAAUCGAGCUAAAUUAGUUAAUUUUCUAGUAUUCGUAGUUGUAGUAGUUUGUAUCAUACUCGUAUUAUUCACUCGAUUUACUUAUAAACGACGUGAUGAAGAUGAAAGAAAACGAAUUGAAAAAGAACAAAAACAAAUAAUAAAUCAGAAUGUUUUAAAUCAACCUGCCAUUGGUAUUAUUAAUGAAGAAGAAGAAGAACAACAAAAACAUUAUGGAACAUUUAAUUGA